GAACAGUCAGUUGACAUGUGUACGCGUAUUGUAACUGGCUGCGGCUUUUGUUUUGUCCAGUUCAUACUUCACGAGUAAAGACCAUGAGAAGAUAAAAGCGCAGUGACUUGUUCAGAUUGAUCUUUAUUGACGUUUCAUUUCCGAUGUAACAUUGACACCAACUGACAGUCUAUCGACAACUUGAACAUCACUGACACCAGAUUAUGAUGAGAGGUGUGUGUCUUUGGAAGAUUGUUAUUCUCCAUCUGAUCCUAGUACUUAUAGUAGAUUGUGGUCUAAGUGGUUGUACUGGCGAUGAGUUUGAUCACCUUGGGAAGUCACAUCAAGAUUUCCUUCAAGAACAUAUUGAAGAUAAAGUAAGGAAAAGACCAGACAUCAAAUUCAUAGAUCCAAAUUUACAUCCAGAGCACUACCAGUAUUAUUUUACAAAUAAUCCCGAAAUUGCUGAAAUAUGUCGAUUGAAUACAUCAUGCCCAUAUAAGGAUUCUUUAGACAGCGGUAAAUGUUGGGGUUAUGAAGAGGGAUGCUCUAAAGAUCAAAUGCUUAAUUAUCCUAUAUGCGAUAAAUUACAUGAAGCUUGGGCAACAACUUUAGAGGAGCAAGCAAAAGAAUUUUUUCGAAUUGCAGAUUUUGGUUACGUCAAAGAAAUGCAUGACACUAUGCAGACAUUUUGUAUACCACAGAACAAGGGUGACUCAUCUCUCGAGUGUACUCAAUAUUUAAGACAUUGUAGAGGUCACAAUAUUUAUUUUGAUUUUAGCAAUCUGAAUUCUGGUAACAGUAGACAAAGAUUCAGAAAUGAUAUCUUCCAUGAAGGUGAAAUUGGAGGUCAUUGUCAGUUAAAAGUGGAUGAAUUGAAAGCAGAAUCUGCCCAUAAUAGUGAGCUACAAUCAUGGUAUGCUGAACUUAAUAGCUUUACUUCAUUUGAUUUUCAAAUACCAAACACAAAAGACUGUGAUAUUAUAAUCAACAAACCGACUUAUUUUAUGAAACUUGAUGCAGGUAUUAAUAUGUAUCACCAUUUCUGUGAUUUUGUUAAUAUUUAUAUAUCACAGCAUAUCAAUAAUUCAUUCUCAUCCGAUGUAAAUAUCGUCAUGUGGGACACUAGUGGCUUAAGCUAUGGCGACUUCUUUAGUGCAACAUGGCAAGCAUUUAGUGACUAUCCCAUCAUACCGAUCAAACGGUGGGAUGGAAAAAAGGUGUGCAUGAAAGAAGCUGUGUUCUCUUUACUGCCAAGGAUGCAAAGAGGAUUUUAUUACAACAUGCCAUUAGUUCCUAGUUGCCAUGGUAGCGGAAUUAUCAAGGCUUUUUCACAGCAUCUUAUGCAUAGACUAAAAAUACCACAAGAAGGUCCUUUGAAAAACAAAGUACGUGUGACUUUGCUAGCCCGGAAUACAAAACACCGCAAUAUAAUCAACCAAAAUGAGUUAGUAAAGGCUAUGAAGAAAGAGAAGGAUUUAACUGUAAAAGUAGUGGAAUAUAAUCGAAACAUGCCAUUCUUAAAGCAGCUUAAGUAUACCCAUAAUAGUGAUAUAUUUAUUGGAAUGCAUGGAGCUGGACUUACUCAUUCCCUCUUCCUGCCUGACUGGGCUGUGGUCUUUGAAUUAUACAAUUGUGAGGACCCAAGGUGCUAUCGUGAUCUGGCCAAUCUUAGAGGAAUCAAGUAUGUGACUUGGAUCAGGGUCAACAAACUAAAAAAACACAAUGAGACCAAUCACCCAUCUCUGGGCUACCCCCAUGCCAAAUUUACAGACUACGAGUUUGAUGUUAAGGAAUUCAUGAAGAUAGUUCGUCAUGCGGCAGAUUACGUUAAACAACACCCAAAGUAUAAAGAACACAAUAAUGAAAUCAUAAAAGAUGAAUUGUAGCGAUAAUUCAUAUGUCAGUAUUAGUAUGAGAAGCCUACCAUCUGCUCUCAUAUCAAACAAUAAUUUACAUAUUCCACCAGACAUAACUGCUUAUUUUCAGCAGUUGUCCAGUUUAAAUUUAAUCUCCCUCAACAACUUUCCUUAUUAUUUAGCAUUAACCAUCUGAGUAGAAUUCCACUUAGUUGAUAAUUUUGUUGUUGCCCAAUGUACAAUAAGAUUCAAGUCUGAGACAAUUGUUGCUUUUUUAAAGCAGUUGUCAUUGUGCUAUAAAUAUUGAGAUGUGUCAGUGUAAAACAACUAUAGAUAAAAUGACCAAUCAUUAACCCAUUGGAUGCGAUAAUCAUAUUUUUUUGGUGCAACAUUUUAUAUAUUUUUUUAAAUAUUUUUCUAGAUUUAGACCAAAUUGACACAAUUACCUGCAGAUUUUGAUCAACAUUUUCAAAAAA